AUGGAUUUAAAAAUGUAAGAUUAAAUUCAAUAUUUAUCUGAAGAUAGCAUUUUCUUGAAAAGUGAAAUCCUAGAUUUACUAAAUCAAAUACAAAAAAUAAGACAAGAUUUGUCUGAAUUCGAAUUUUAUGACAAUUAAAUUUAUUAAAUAAAUUUCAUUGCAAAAAAUUCUAAAACAAAUUAAAAUUCAAUGCUAUCUAUAUUUUAAAAAUAUAGAUUAAAUUAAAAGAAUCAGCUUAAGCUUGGAAAUAGAAUUAAAGGACAAAAUUACAUCAUGACAUUUUGUAUUGACCAGUGUUUUGAGAUUGAUAAAUUUUUGAUUCAAGAAACUGAGUACACAGAAUAUUUAAGGAGAAAUAAAAUUUAUAGUCUUGAAGAGAUCAAUUAAUACACAAAAGAUAUCAUCAGAGUUUUAGUUAUAAAUAAGAGUGAUUGCAAGAUUAGAGAUCAAAAAGUAUUAGCAAUUGCAUCAACUAUAGGCUAAUGCAAAAAUCUAAACACACUGAAAAUUGAUUUAGGUUUAAAUGAAAUUGGAUGUGAUGGGGCAGGUUAAUUUUUACAAAAUUUAUCAGGAUGUAAAAACUUAAACAAACUCUUUUUAAGCUUUUCAUUUGGCAAGUCUAAAUAUCCUCCAUGGUCUAAACAAAUAAGUUUAGAAGGAGCAGAAGGUUUGGGAUAAGGAUUUGAGCAGCUAACUAGCAUUUAAUGCCUAACAAUAGAUUUAGAUAAAUAGCCUCUAGGAAAAGGUUGCGCUGCUCUUUUCAGAGGAAUUAGCAAGUGCCAAAAUCUUAUUAAUCUUAAUUUUUCUUUAAAGUAUUAUAAGAUUUUUUUAAAAGGUAAUAUAUUAAUGAAUUAAUUUUAGUCAUUGCAACAUAGACAACAAUGGAGCUUUAGAGUUAGGUAACCUAAUUAGCAAGUGCAUGAAUUUAUCCUAAUUAUGUCUAAAAUUAAAGACUAAUCUUAUUUCAAUCGAAGAAAAUGCGAAUUUGGUAAAAAGUGUGAAGUCAAAUUAAAGUCUUUUCCAUGUUUAUCUAGAGUUGACAAUAUAAUACAAUUAAGACACUUUUAGAAAAUAUGCAACGAAUUUAUUGAAAAAAAGUAGGCAGAUAGUUCUCUUUAAGAUUUUAAUUUGAUAGAGAUAAGAAAGUAGACAUUUAAAUAAAAAUAUGUCAAAUUAAAUAAACCAAUAUAUUUCUGUUUUUUUAAAGAAUUUUAAUAUUAGAACAAUAAUUUAUUUUAAUAUCUUGUUUUGAUUUUAAGUUAUAAAUUAAAUUCUCUGUCUAACAUAUUUUUUCGUGUUCAUAUAAAAUUAAUAUUUGUUAAGAUUCCAAAAAACUUUCUCUUAUAUCUUUACUAAAAAGUAAGUAAAAAUAAAUAAAUAAAUAUAUUUGAUUUUAAAAAUAAUGGCUAAACAAAUUUCUAAAUUAAUAUCAAAUUUCACUUUAAGAUGUUUAAUUAAAGUUAAAAUUUAUAUUCCUUUUAUUCGAAUCUAAAUGAAUUAUUACGUUAAUUUUUUUGA